AUGUGCGGUGAUUUCAACAUGACGCCGCAGAGCCCGACACAUGGUCUCGUGAGCCAGUACUUCCGCUCCGCUUACCAGGACUUGGAAAAGCAAUGCGGUGAGUCAGGCGUUGUCACAACGACCAAUGCACUGGCCCGCAGUGGCCAGGGCUUUGCAGAGAUCAUUGACUACUGCUGGCUUCGUUCCCCGGAAGGCGCAGCCUACUGGGAUCCUUGGAAACAGCCCAGCCAGCUGGGACCCUGGGCAUGUCGCCGGCUUCGCCUGCCCUGCCGUGCCUGGCUUCGGUCCUUCUAUGGCGCUGCGCCCCAAGCACCGCUUCCCACGCUGCUUGCUUCAGGCCGCUGGCCCUCAGAUCACUUUCCCAUCGCAGUGGACGUAGUGUUCUGGACAGAGCCGGGCGAUGCGGGUACGUGA